AUGUUCACCAAGCAGUCCCUCGUGACCCUCCUCGGGGGCCUUUCUCUGGCCCUGGCCCAGACCACCACGGAGGAAUACCCCUCCUUGGCUGAGAUUCGUGCUGCACAGGCUACUGUGCAGCCUUACUCUCCGGUCUCAAAUGUCAAGGGAACCUCGUUCAACCGCUUCGUGAACAUCUGGUUGGAGAACACCGAUUAUGAUACUGCUGCUGCCAACGAACAUCUGGCGGAGCUGGCCAAGAAGGGUCUCCUUCUGAGCAACUUCUGGGCCGUCACUCACCCUUCGGAGCCGAACUACUGUGCAUCCGCUGCUGGUGACACUUUCGGCAUGGACAAUGAUGACUUCCAUCAGAUUCCGUCCAACGUGUCUACCAUUGCCGAUUUGUUCGACACCAAGAACAUUGCCUGGGGUGAAUACCAGGAAGGCCUCCCCUACCCUGGAUACCAGGGCUACCGCUACCCCGAGAGCGGUGCCAACGACUAUGUCCGCAAGCACAACCCUUUGAUUUUGUUCGACUCGGUCACCGAGGAUGCUCUCCGUCUGCGCCAGAUCAAGAACUUCAGCAGCUUCUACGAUGAUCUGGAGAACCACCGUCUUCCCCAGUACAUGUUCAUCACCCCGAACAUGACCAAUGAUGGCCACGACACCAACAUCACCGUUUCCGGUGCCUGGACCUGGAGCUUCCUGAGCGAACUUCUCGAAAACGAUUACUUCACCAAGGACACUCUUAUUAUGCUCACCUUUGAUGAGACUGGCACCUAUGAGAUUGGUAACAACAUCUAUACUUUCCUUCUCGGCGGUGCCGUCCCGGAUGAUCUCCUGGGCACUAAGGAUGACACCUUCUACACCCACUAUUCCGUCAUCGCUUCCCUGUCCGCGAACUGGGGUCUUCCCUCCCUGGGUCGCUGGGAUUGCGGUGCGAACCUGUUCAGCUGGCUGGCCGAGAAGACCGGCUAUGUCAACUACGAUGUUGACACGAGCAACCUUUUCAUGAACGAGACUCACUGGGGUCCUCUGUCCGACGAUGACUACAGCGAGUACUAUGCUGGCUGGCCUGUUCCUACAACUGAUGCUAGCUGCUCCGCUGGCAAAGGAAUUCUCUCUACUGUCAAGAAGACCUACAAGGGCCUGACUGCUACCUUCAACUACACCACCCCUUUCCCCUACGACUCCCGCAGCGGAAACAAUGUCGGUGUGAAGUACAGCCGUACCCUGAAGAAUGGCAAGGUCGAGUCCGGUAUUUCCGAGUAG